AUGAAACAAGAUCACUUUAGAGGUAUUUUGAGGUUUUUGCACUUCAAUGACAACAGCCAAAAUGAUAUGAAUGAUCCAAAUAGAGAUUGGUUAUUCAAUGUUCGACCUCUUAUGAACUUUGUAAAACAGAGAUGUGCAUCAGUCUAUGAGUCAGGCUGUGACAUCUCUAUUGAUGAGUCCUUUCUUCUUUUCAAAGGAAGACUUCUGUUCAAACAAUACAUAAGAACCAAACGAUCACGAUUUGGUGUAAAAUUCUAUGAAAUCUGCACAACGUCUGGAAUUAUGUUAGAUUUCCUAAUCUACUGCGGUAAACAAAUUGAGGGAAAUCUAGACCAAAGUGCUACAGAAAGAAUCGUUGACACACUUAUUCAACCAUUUCUUGUCUUGUCAAAGUUUAUUGAUAACUACUACACAUCUCCGUUCCUUGUAGACUACUUGCUAAAAAGAGACAUGUACACCAUAGGUACGGUACAAACAAAGCAGAAGAACUUUCCAGAAGAGCUUGCUGAGCACAGAAUAGAGAAAGGCAAAGCAUUAUUUUAUGCUGACAAGUCUCGCAAUAUACUAACCUGUAAAUUCCGUUGGAAGAAAGAUAAGGCAAAUGGCAAGCCGACGAUUAUACAUAUGUUGUCGUCGAAGCAUACAUAUAGUAUUGAACAGGGAUAA